CUUUUUGCUCACUGUUUUCUUCGUGUUUCUUUUUAUUUGUGUUAUUUACCUGGGUGUUCUCUUUGGGUUUCAUCGGUGGCUUUUCAGUUUUUUCGCUACAGAGAAUUAGUGAAACGGAUAGCUUCUUUGUGUUUACUCUGCUAUUUCAACCACGCAUGUGUUAUUUUCAGUUUCUUCACUACAGAGGAACAUCGAAUGAGCCUGAACAUUACAAAUCGUCAUGUGUGUGGAUGUUGUUUGGUGGACACCCAUUUCCAUUUCUUGUGAAUUCAGCUCAUACAAAGCAUCAAGGGGAAAAUGAAAUUACUUAUUUAUUUAUUUAUUCAUUUUGGGUUUCUAAAAGUGGAAAUUGCUCAAGGUGCGGAAAAGGGGACAAUUCUUCCAUUAUAAGAGGGAAGUACAACAAUGACUAAAGAAUUAUGUUGCUGAAAGCUGCAUUAGGAGUUCACAACCUCGAAUUUUGAAGAUGAUUUCUAGAAAAGACCAAUAUGGUGAUGAGUUGCAGAUAGGGAUUUACUUUUAUGGAAUCAUUUUUUUUUUGGGAGUCAUGAAUUUCCUGCGCUAAACCUGAACAUUCAAUCAAGUUGAGAUGCAAUAUGGUGAAUGCUGAAGUGACGAAAGUUAUAUCACAAGUUACUGAUGAGAAAACAAAUGGGGUUACAACUGUGGACCUUGAAAAGUUGCUUAAGAUCAAGCAACUUUUAUGCAGUGUUCUUAGAGGCGGUAAAAAUCAAGAGAUGCCGUGCAGUGCUGUAUCAUGGGGCCACUUAGACUGAGAGAAGGCUUAACCAUCUGAUUUUUGUAUACACGGAAUAUUAACAUGCCACAGUGAAGAGUCAGACGAUGAAGAAAGGCCAAAUAUGUUGUUAAAUGGCAUGACAAUGACUACUCAGUAGUGAUAAUUCGAUGCAAGGGUAGCCUAAAUGGCUAAAACUUCUAUGUAUGAUCUAAACUCUGGGAGAUGUGCAGCAUGUUGUUGAAGGGCCAGAAGAUUAAGAGGGAAUACUACAUAAGGCAUCUUGGUGGAUCACCUGCAAAAUCAAGAUGCGGGAAAGCAAGCAGUGUUUCAAUGUCUUGAAGCAACUAUAGAAAGAAGCAUAUCCAAGAUUAGCACUUUGAUUUACCUUUUUCGACAUCUAGAUAAUUAAAUGGGAGUUGACGUGAGAGAUGACUCAUGAAGAAACAAUUUAGCCAUAUAUGGCUGGCUUUAGUGAGAUGAACACCAUCCCAGUUAACGUGUUGAGAAGGUCAGGACAAGAGCUUGCAGAAGGAGAACCCAAGUGUUGAAUCCGUCAAAGUCAAUAUUCUCUCCAUGUUGGUUUCAAUUUCGCUUAUACAGAGGAGAUUUCAUGCCAGUAUGCAUCACGGAGCUUGGUACAGUGGCGACUUAUCUAGGAAGUUAGCUGAACGAGGAGUCAAGCUUCUGGGUUUUUCUUGUGACGAUGGUCAGACUCACAAGAGUGGUUCAAGGUUUUGGAUAUUAAAAGUUUCUAGAAAGUGUUGAAUGUCAAAACUUGACUCUGCAUGUUAUAUCUAACUUCAUGUUAGCUUAUCUGAUUCCAUGCGGAAAUCAAUUAAGCCAUGUAGUUCACUUUUCACCUCCUUUCUUGAUCAAAACAUUCUUGUGAAACUUUUUCAUGAAAAAGAAUGAACCUAUUUCCAUUUGUUUAAUUCUAAGUUUGUUAAAGUGUUUGUGGACGUUAAUCAUACGCUUUUGAGUUGUUGAACAAAUUGUUUCUCUAGAACUGUCCAUUUGGAUAGUUUUUCUACUUCUAUGACUUACAUGUAGCUUAUUUUGGUAGUGAGUCAUUCCGAAAAUGAUAUUCUAAACAAAAGAUUGAGAUUCUAUAAAGAAGAGGGAAAAGUUUGGUGUUCCAAAUGGAUUCCAUGAAGGCUAUAGUGCAGCACCUUAAGGUUGAUACUUCAUUUUUACUUGGUCUUUUAGUACAAUUGACCAAGACACUUAUUAAUGCUUCUGUCACCAUGCACUACAGAUGUCAAGAAAUAAACUCAUCGUGACUAUAUCUGUUUAGUUAGAUAGAUCAAGCGUUUGCUGAUUUUAUUUGUUUUAAUUGAAAACAAUGAUAUUCAUGAAGCUACCAAGUUAUCUGAUGUAGCUAAUAAGAAAGUGCCUUAGGAAAUAUUGCCUGGACAUGCUCAAAACCGAAUUGGCAUCAUUCAGUACGGAUGAUUCUAAUCUUCAUGAAAGGUACUAAGCAACAACUUCUUCAAUGGAUUCUCAAGAUUAUUGCUGGAAUUCCAGUUCCAAAUGGCAGUUAAAAGUUGUUCAUUUUGCUUCCCAAUUGAGGUUGUCAAAUUUUGCUGGAAAUAGUUCUAAGAUUAGCUGCAGACCAGCAGACUGUAUUCUCCACUAAUUCAGCCGAAGCUCGUGUUAUUUCCACAUGCUAAGUUCCAAUAAAUAGGUGAGAAAGAGAGCUGAUUCAAAAAAAAUAGUGUUGGGACGAUCUCAGGCAGCCAGCUUAAACAUUGAGUAAAAUGAUAGAUGUCAAUCGAUGGAGGAAUUGCUUGAGCAGAGAAUGAGGACAUGUCAGUAACUGUUGAGCUUCUGUCACUAUUGAGAUGGCAGUUAAAUCUACUAUCAAGUCAAUCACUCCAAAAACUGAGGAUUGGAUAUGCAAAAUUCAAGUAGUAGAUAAAUAUCCUCCCAGAGACAAGAAAGACAAAAGUGGAAAAUACCAACUGAUGCUUUUGCAAGACUAAGAGGAAAAUCAAAUUCAAGCCAUCAUUUGGAAUGUUGAUAUAAUGCAAUUUGACAAGUAUUUCAAACCAUUCCAAACAUACCUGGUGUCAGUUGCACAAGUAAAAGAACCGAAUCCUGCAUAUGCUAAUCCAUUCAACAAAUACAUUUGGACAAUUGAUAGAAAUACUAUUGUUGAACCAAUUGAAAAAGUCAUUCCUCCAGAUAAUCCACUACCACCGCCAACACGAUUGGCUAUCACCCCUUUUGAGGCUAUUGAGCAUCAAAUGAAAGAUUUUGAAUUUGAUGUCCUUGGACUACUUAUUAAUGCUGGACUUGCAAGUAACGCAUCAAAUGGGAAGAAAUUUCAGGAAUUCAUCAUUAUGGAUACUCAAAAAAGGCCUAAAAAGCUAACACUUUGGGAGGACUUUGUCGAACAUUAUGGAAAUGAACUUUCAGAGAAAGUGAAACACUAUCCCGUCUUCCUGGCUAGAAGAGUGGUAAAAUCAUCAUCAGGGAUAUGGAGCAGAUAUAACACAACAAUACUCUUACAUCCCACAUAUCCACAAGCUACCACAUUAGCUGCAUGGGCCAAAACAAUUCAACGACAACUCAUUGAGUACACAGCUAGAAGCAUGUCCCCAGAAGGCACUCUUCUUUUUGUUCCCUUUGAAGAAGAAUCAAUAUUCAUAUCCGAUAUCCAAAUGCAGCCACAGGGACAAAUAUUCUAUAUUGACGGUCAACUUUCACUGAUAAAUGAAGACCAACAUUUCUGCUCCAUGGCGUGCUCAGAUUGUAAAUUGCCAUUUUUAAGAACUACUACACCAAGGCCAAUCUACUGCAUUCAGUGCGAAAGAUCCACCCAACUUAUUCCCAGUUAUGGUCAUGGAUCACACUGGUAGCAUAGUAGCCUCCAUCUCGGAUCAAUCAGCAACGAAGAUGUUGAACCUCACUGUACAAGAGAUUUAUGACAUCUGCCAUGCACAG